ACUUCGGUGCGCGCCAGUGAGAAUUCCAAUUCCAGAUACAUGCACCUGUACACUUUCGAAAUUCUCGUUUCUCAAAUUUCCGAUUCGAUAUCGUUCGGCUUCGUCUCUUCGCGUACUUAGUGGUUCGAAAUAAUUGACCAUGUAAUAUUUUCGAAGUUAGUGCCUGCGAGCUCGUGCGGAACCGGUCAACGCUUAUAAAUAUAAUUUUUAAAAAAUAAAUCGAGUACUUAUUCCGGUCGAAUGAAUGAUCCAAUUGAUCGCGAUAAACGGUGACGCGAUUAUUGCAUCAAUUGAAUAUCCAAUGACAUCGCGUGCUCCAUCAUCUUUCGAGAAUCGUGGCUCGGACUAUGGUGACUAAUUAAAGAAAAAUGUUCCGUACAUUUAAAAAAUCUUUUGGCUUCUUUAUCGUCGUUUUACUAUGCCAAGAUUGCCGAGCACACAAACCUCAGCUGUCACCUGACGAGCCGGAGAUCUAUAUUUCUGAGGGAGAAGCCCUCGAGUUGGCGUGCACGAGUUCGAAGAAUAUACAAUUUUACUAUCCCGAAGACAUCGGAUAUUCGCUUUCUACCUCGGUCGCAGAUCUGAGCAAACAGGAUUUGGGAAAUACUCAAAGAAUAAAUUUUUCGAGAAAGGACACCGUUCAUGGCGACACCGGCUGGUAUGGCUGCGCCGAUCAAGAUGUCGAAGUUACACCAGGCGUUUAUGAUCAGCCCGAUGUCAGCUGGACCUACGUUUGGGUCAUGUCAAACUCGAGUUAUUUCGUGCAGACCAAUAUCUUGGAAUCUAUAAGAGCAGCUGUGGGGGAAUCGGUGGUUAUACCAUGUCGACCAACUUCGCCGGCGUACAACGUCACGCUUUACGCAAACCAUGAAACAAAAGUCAAAUUGGGCCCAGACGUUUCGUACGAUCCCAAAUUUGGUUUCAGAAUACGGAAUAUCACAUGGAAAAAAAUCGGUUACUACACGUGCAAGAUCGAGGAUGGUACCGGGGAGACCCAAGAACUCAACUAUUACGUGAACGUUAUAAAACAUCAGACUUUGAAACAUCCGAAAAUUGAUGAUAAGCCUCUGAAACACGUGACACGAGGACAAACGCUUUACGUCAAUUGUUCAAUAACUCUCGAGCUAGAUUUGAAUCACGUUCUCAAUUGGACGACUCCGCAAAAGGAUGCCAGAAUCUCGCAACGAAAGAUCGACAUACCAUUUGGGAAAACGUUACAAAUAGUAGUAGCUGAAUUAGUCAUCGACGGAGUGACCGAUGCUGACGAAGGCGAAUACGAGUGCACCGUCACUACUUAUUACGAUAUUAAAAAAACACAAACGUACAUAAAGGUUCAUGAUCCUAACGUCAAGUACAUACGCUUGAAAUCACUGGACGAUGAUUCGUAUUACCAAAAAAAGGACGGCGAUAGAAUUCAGUGGAUGGUUCAAGUCGACGCGUAUCCUCAGCCACUGCUAAAAUGGCUCAGCCCACGAGGUCAUGACAUCGUAGGUUCAUGGUUGAGUCCCGAAAGAUCGAAGUAUGCGAUUAACAUUUCAUCGACGAUGGCAAUUCUGCGGAUAAAUCGUCUGGAUUUGAACGACAUGGGAGUGUAUUCCCUCCAAGCUACGAACGCUGAACAAAUUGAAACUCUGAAUUUUACUUUGGAUGUGUCAGCAAUACCCAUACCGAUGCUCGACAAAGCAAACACGUUCUACAUGCCAAAGCAGAAAGCAGUUUUUCGCUGCGAAGUGGCAGCUCACCCAACACCAAAUGUGACUUGGAGUUAUUUGAAAGCACCGAAUUAUCCGUCACUAAACGAAUCAGAAAUCAUAUCGCUCAAGGGUGGUCAAAUUAUCCCCAAAACCACGACGUUUUUGUCCGUCGUCUCAACACAUAUCGAUGUGUCCGGCCUUCUGACUUGUACCGCGUGCAAUAUUAUUGGAUGCGAUGAAGAUACGGCUGUUAUUCUUGUUACCGAUGUUCCCGGAGGGUUUGGCAUCGUAGAACGAGGCUUGCAUACGAUCGGUGAUAACGUUGUCCUGACAUGCGCAGCGUCGAUCUACAAUUACACAAAUGUUGAAUGGUUGACCGAGGAUCAUCGGCGAGUUGUCGAAACCGACAGAAUUUCACUCACCAAUCGGACAACGAACUUCACACAUCGCGUGAGCCUUGAAAUUAAUAAUAUCACUAAAUUCGACAAUAAUAGUCAGUACAUUUGCAGCGCCAUUAAUAUCGAUAGCGAAGAUACCGAUACGUAUGUCUACACACUCGAAAUGCAAGAUCCUCUCGCGCCAUAUAUUUACGAGACGAAUAUGAACCGAACAGAGGUAACUUAUGACCUUUCCACCGAAGGACACAAAACUGUUGUUCUCAAGUGCUAUGUCCGAGGAAUGCCCGUGCCGAAUAUAACAUGGCACAAGGACGAUACGACAAUCAAACCUGGCGAGCAGUACAUGUUUCUUCACAAGCAUCAGGAACUUCAUAUUAAAUAUUUACUGGAUGAAGACAGUGGGAAGUAUUCCUGUAAAGCUAGCAAUCGUUUUGGAAAAGAUGAAAAUUAUCAGAGUAUUUUAAUCAAAGCCAAAGCAGUUCCAAAGUCAUUGAUCAUCUCCAUCGUAGUCCUCGUGGUUAUCUGUGUGAUACUCGUUAUUUAUUUCACAACAAAAAUUCAUCGAGAGAAGGUAAUCCGGAAGCAACUAAUGGAGGCGGGUCUAACACACUUCGAAGAAGGAGCUCUGGAGUGUUUGAAUCCCGACUUGACGGUCGACGAUCAAGCGGAAUUAUUGCCCUACGACAAAAAGUGGGAAUUCCCACGAGAAAAAUUGAAGUUUGGCAAACAAUUGGGUUUCGGUGCUUUCGGUGUUGUCAUGAAAGCUGAUGCUCACGGUAUUUGUGAGGAUGAGGACGUUACCACUGUCGCUGUUAAAAUGGUUCGAAGGUCGACGGAAUCGACUUACAUCAGGGCAUUGGCGAGCGAACUCAAAAUCAUGGUGCAUCUUGGCAAACAUCUCAACGUAGUCAAUCUUCUUGGCGCAUGUACAAAAAAUAUCGCGAAACGUGAGCUAUUAGUGAUCGUCGAAUAUUGUCGCUUCGGAAAUUUGCACAAUUAUCUACUCAGACAUCGUGGCGAUUUUAUCAACCAAAUCGAUCCGAACAGUGGAAAAUUCGAUCCCACGAUUGGACUCGAUUUACUUGUCAGAACUACCAGUGUCGGAAGCAACAAUAGAAUCAAAUACGCGGCACUCUUAUUUUCUCGUAGUGGUAGUGCAGUUUCGUACAACAGCAAUCCAAGUGCAGAGUUGGUUGGUUAUACGAGCGGUGGUACAGAUACUCAAAGUGUCAGUUUGUCACCGGAUGGCUGCGUCCUCAGUAACAACUCGACUCAACCAGGAUGGCGUUCCAAUUAUCAUGGCGAUUACAAAGAUCAGAACCUCAAACCCAUUUGCACGCAGGACUUAUUGUCUUGGGCAUUCCAGGUUGCACGGGGAAUGGAAUAUCUCAGCCAGAGAAAGGUAUUACAUGGAGAUCUUGCAGCAAGGAAUAUACUUCUCGCGGAGAAUAACAUUGUAAAAAUAUGUGACUUUGGUCUUGCAAAAACAAUGUACAAAGACGACAAUUAUAAAAAGAAAGGUGAUGCUCCGUUACCGAUCAAAUGGAUGGCUAUUGAAUCAAUAAGAGAUCGUGUAUUCUCAACGCAGUCGGAUAUUUGGUCUUUUGGCAUAGUACUUUGGGAAUUUUUCACCCUAGCAAAAACUCCCUAUCCUGGGAUGGAGGCUGAGAAACAAUAUCAACGCUUGAUCGAAGGAUAUCGAAUGGAAAAGCCGGAAUAUGCAACCGACGAAUUGUACGACAUAAUGUUGCGCUGCUGGAAAGCUAAGCCAACAUUGCGGCCAACUUUCACAUCUCUGGUCACUAACAUUGGUGAUUUGCUUGAGGAAAGUGUCAAAGAGCACUAUAUAGAUUUGAAUGCCCCUUACAUGGACAUGAACACGAUGAUUUUGGAGAGUGGAAAGGACGAUUAUCUAACAAUGAUGUCAGCGCCCGAUCAUAACAUCCUAACAUCACAUAACCGCGAUUACGUAAAUUCGACUUGUACAUCACCCGGAGCGAGAAGCGAAGAUUCUUAUUUACCAAUGAGUCCGUCCUGUAAAGAUGACCAAUCGGUGAUCUUUGGCUCCAAGAGAAAUUCAGAAGAGAAUAAAUUCACGUAUCCAGAUAAAAAGGCUGGAGAAAACGCCAACACGGAUUCAGAAUCAGAAGCUGUGGAGGAUUCACCGAUGUUGAAUGAGGAGGAUGAUGAACAUUAUUUGAAGCCAAUAAACGUGCACGAGCGCAGAGCUGAAUUUGCGAGACGCAAUGCAGAAAUAAAAUCUGCAACGAUGAAGAAAUCAGACGAAAACAUUUCCGGUUAUUGCAAUACACCCUUGAAUCUUGGUGAACUGAACGAUCGUAGUGUUGAUCCGAGCAAAACCAACGACACAAAUAAUAAAGAUUCAAAUAGUUACGUUCCCACGAUUAUCAGGACUGUCGACAAUUACGUUAACAUGCCCAGGCAAAAAAAUGAUUUGCGUAAAGACGGUGCAUCUAGUUUUAGCAAUCCGAGCUACGUUUCGAUUGAUAAUAAUCGUUAAAUGGAACGAAUAAAAGUAUUAAAAUCGUUUUUAUAACAAUCAUUUGCGUUUAAGAAAUGCAUGGUGAUGCAUUUUCAUUUUUAAUUCUCGACUGUUUUAUAGAUGAAUAAUUAAUAACGGAUAUUCCGAUUUUAAUCAUCUUUGCUUAUCUUAGUGCUUGAGACAGAGUGGCGUGAAAAAUUUUAUAUUCAUUUUUUAUUAUUGUUAUGAAUUAUAAAUUUUUCAUGACAAAAAUCUUUCGAAAUUCCUGAAAUAUUCUGCAAAAUUUUAAUGCAAAGGUUUUUGUUCUUUCAAGUUCUAAGAGCAUCAAACACCGCGAGGACGACUUGACGCCAAGUGUCGCGGAAAAAUAACCAUGCGAACUUGAUUCUAGCCGCGUAUUGCGGAAAAAUAAUCGUGCGAACUUGACUCUAACCGCGUAUCGCGGAAAAAUAUGGUUUGUCGUACUCCAGGGAAGACCGCAAUUUCCUUAAUCAUUGAGGGACCUGAGAAACCUGAGAACAAUAAGUACAAAGUUGAAAUUUUUGCUAUCGCUCUCGUUCAGGCAAAGCGAGUUUCCCAAGUAGUGUUCUCUCAAAAGUAAUAAGUCAUAAUAAAAACUGCUAAUUGUUGUUGAACAAGCAACGUAUCAGGAUUAAAAAAAUAUAGCUACGUUCUUACUCGUGCAUAAUAUCUUCAUUAAUUGUUACCUUAUACAUUAAGUUUUAUAUGAACAUUAACAAAAAUUAAAUGCGUCUCUUCGCAGGUUAAGUCUCAGACUGUCACGUGCAUUGAUCCGAGGUUCCAAUUCACAUCUCGAUAUGGUAUUGGUAGAUUUUUUCAAGUGCGGACGUGAACUUUUCUGUGAUACCCGCAAAGUUUUUUUUAUUCAGAAUUUUGUAUUCAGUAAAUACUGAGGUAUUUACUGAAUACAAAAUUCUGCAAUUGAUUCUGACAAAGAAAAGCUCACCCCCAGUAAAGCGCAAAUGAAUUUUGACAUUUUGAAAUAUUAAGAAAUAUUUUAUCUGCGGUUAUAGAAGUACCGCAAAGAAAAUCAUACAUUUUUAUUCCCCAAAUUCCGAAGAAAAACGUCGAGUUAAAAUGAUAUUGAAGGAACUUGGUUCCUUGCGCAGGAUCAAUCCUGAAUCAAAGCCGAAAUGUGCCAUCCAGAUACUUCCAAGUUUUCCUAUGGCCAGGUACUUCCAUAAACCAAAUUAAAGAGAAACAACGUAUUUUCGAAAUUUAUCGCGGGUCACUGUGAAAUAUGAACCGAACUUGAAUCUCGAUGUACAAUUAUUUUUUAUUAAAAAUAAUAUAUAAACUUCUGUACAA